UAUUUCAACCCUUCCUGAUCUAUUUUACUGAUGCUAUUCCUUUCUCUCACUCGUCUGGACUGGAUCCCUGUACCCCGUCCUGUCUGGGAUGUCUCCUGUGUUUCCAUGCUGAUGUUUGUGUGUACCAUGACAACAGAGGCCAGCGCGGUGGGCGAGGCGGACACAGAGGGCAAGCCGAAGCCCAGUGUAGCAGAGGCAGAGAGAAGACCGGAGAACAAGCAGAGCUCGGAGGCAGAGAUACACCUGGAGAACAAGCAGAGCCCAGAGCCAGAAACAGAGAGAGAACCGGAGAACAAGCAGAGCCCGGAGCCAGAAACAGAGAGAGAACCGGAGAACAAGCAGAGCACGGAGGCAGAGAUACAACUGGAGAACAAGCAGAGCCCAGAGGCAGCAGCAGCGGGGCCAGAGAGGGAGAAGCCCAGCCAGAAGACCCAGGAGCAGGCCUCAGAGCCUGGCUCCACAGAGACCCCCAUCUUCACCACCACCACUGAGGAGGAGCAGCUAGUGAAGCCCCGCCAGCGCACCUCAGCCAGCCGGGGCCUCUCACGCCUCUUCUCCUCCUUCCUCAAGCGGCGCUCGCAGUGCUCAGACGUAGAGUGGGCUGAGGUCGAGAAGGCGGAGAAGGACAGGAAAGAGAAGGCAGAGGCUGGAACAAAGGAGGAAAAGUUAGAGCAGGCCAAGGGGGAGGAGAAGAAAGAGCCAGAGGAAAGGGGGGGGAAGAAAGAGGAGGAAGAAGCAGCAAAGAAAGCAGAGAAGAAGAAAGAGGAGGAAGAAGCAGCAAAGAAAGCAGAGAAGAAGAAGAAGAAAGAAGAGGAAGAAGCGGAAAAGAAAGAGGCAGUGAAGAAGAAGAAAGAAGAGAAAGAGGCAGCAAAGAAAGCAGAGAAGAAGAAGAAAGAGGAAGAAGAGGCAGCAAAGAAAGCAGAGAAGAAGAAGAAAGAGGAGGAAGAAGCAGCAAGGAAAGCGAAGAAGAAAGAGGAGGAAGAGAAAGAGGAGGAAGAAGCAGCAAAGAAAGCAGAGAAGAAGAAGAAAGAGGAGGAAGAGGCAGCAAAGAAAGCAGAGAAGAAGAAGAAAGAGGAGGAAGAGGAAGCAAAGAAAGAGGAGGAAGAGGCAGCAAACAAAGCAGAGAAGAAGAGGAAAGACAAAGAGGAGUCAGCAAAGAAAGCAGAGAAGAAGAAAGAGGAGGAAGGGGCAGCAAAGAAAGAGGAGAAGAAGAAAGGGGAGGAAAAGACAACGAAAAAAACACAAAAGGGGAAGAAGAAAGAGAAAGAAAAUAAAGAGGAGGAGAAGGGGAAGAAGAACGAGGCGAAUAAAGAGGUAAAGAAGAACGAGGAGAAUAAAGAGGUAAAGAAGAAAAAACGGAAGGGCAAAAAGAAAGCAGGGGAGGAGCACAAAGCAGGGGAGCAGUCCACAACAGAGGUGCAGGUGAAAGCCCCCAUCGCGGCCCCGGAGCCAGAGCUCAGAGCAGAGGGGGAGGCUGAACAGGAGAGGCAGGAGGAGCAGGUAGAGGCCCAGGACCAUCACUCCAUCAGCAGUGCAGAGACACAGCCAGCACAGGCGGAGCAGAAGGUGAACGCCGAGGUAGAGAAGGAGGGGGAAGAGAAGGAGGCGGGAGUAGAGGAGAAAGAGAAGAAAGAAGAAACAGAGGAAGAGCCAGCCGGGCAGAUGGAGGAGGAGGAGGGAGAGGCGAACGGAGGGGAAGGGGAGAACACUAAUGGAGAAGACAAGAUGGCUUUAGCAGAGGAGCCCAAACCCUCCAAGCGUCCGCGGAUCAUGCAGUGUAAAGUCACCCUCCUGGAUGACACUCUGUUUGAGUGUGCGCUCGGUAAACAUGCGACGGGCUCGGAUCUGUUUGUGAAGGUGUGUGACCACCUCAACCUGCUGGAGAGAGACUACUGUGGCCUGGCCGUCUGGGAUACCCCCACUUCCAGGACGUGGCUGGACGCCUCCAAAGAGAUCCGGAAACAGGUGGCAGAUUAUACAUACGAGUUCACUUUCAACGUGAAGUUCUACCCUCCUGAUCCAGCUCAGCUCACAGAAGACCUCACCAGGUACUACCUGUGUCUACAGCUGCGUAAAGACAUCCUGAGUGGCCUGCUGCCAUGCUCCUUUGUAACUCUGGCCAUGCUAGGCUCCUACACGGCCCAGUCUGAGCUGGGGGAGUAUGAUCCAGAGGUCCACGGCUCUCACUACACCAAGGAGCUGAGGCUGGCCCCGGGACAGGGCAAAGAGCUGGAGGACAAGGUCAUGGAGUUGCACCGCACAUACAGGUAAGAACCAGGGUAGGACUGACUAUAUACUGGA